UAUACAGGCUUGAAUACAUCUCCGGUUAUCUGAUGACUCUCUUCUCUCGAUCUAGGGUUUUUCUUUUUGGUCGAGGGGGUGAGGACGGGAUAUAGAGCGGAUCGAGUCACCACUGGAGCGAAACGCAACAUCGGGGACUGCUUCUAUGGCGGCGCUGGUGAUAAUCUCCGGCUGAUCCAUUUUACCAACGAAAAAGAUUGGUGAUUUUUGAGUGAAAUUGGACUGAAGUCACACUGGAAGGCUGAUCUCGCCAGUUCCAUUUAGAGUUGCACUUCAAUUAAUACAGUCUUUCUCGUUAGAUUAUUUAAAUAAGAUACUCUGAAAAUGACGAGAAGAGAUGGGGUGGCAACACCAGCCGAAGAAGAAGAUGAAAGUCACCUUAACCCCUUUCUCUUACACGUAAACAAAAAGCCCUCCUCUUCCAAGCUCCAAUUCAGAAAGGAGAUAUCCAAGGUUCAAUGGCAUGAGAAAUUGGGGUUAGGUGAGGUUGUGGAAAAGAAAGGGAGUAUUUGGACAUCUACUGGAAUUGUUCGGGAUGGCAAACUCUACUGUCACAUUGAGGAAAUAUUGUUUUUGGCUGAAAGAGGGGGAUUAAUGCUAUUAGAUUCUGAUGAUGCAAUUCUUAACAUCAAAGAAAUAUAUAUGAAGAUUGCAGAAGGAAGGCAUAAGUGUUCCUGGGAGAGUUUUGAGGCUUAUAGGCACUUGAAAUUACUUGGUUAUAUUGUUGGGCGGCAUUGUGUUCCAUGGACUAAUAAAGCCAACACAAGUUGCUGUAAUUCUGAUUCUUUCAACUGCACAUCUGAUGAGGAUGUAGGAUUUGUGGAAGCUGAGGAGAAAAUGCCCAUUAUCCACCAGUUUAAAAAUAUGCAGAUCCAUGACAUUAUUCCAACUUUUGAUGUUUAUCUGCCUAAUAGCAAGUUCAGAAAAUCUUCUCCUGGAAAACCGAAUUUUCUUCUUUGCCUACUAAGGGACAAGCCACCCUCAAGAACAGAAUUAGAAAACCUUGAGAAGAGGUGCCUUGGUAUUCCUUUAAAAUUCUGUUUUGUUGAUCAUGGACGGGUCAGUUUCUUUUCCUACGACAGAGUUGUUCUUCCAAGUUUACCCUGAUGAACACUACGGGAAAUCCGUUGUUUUUCAGCGGCAUUGUAAACUAUUUUUAGAGUAUCCUCAGCUAUUCAAAGAUUAAGGGUGCCGAAUUAACUUUGCAAAGAGCUCCAUCUUAGCUAUUGUUGUGCAAUUGGAUUUUAGUAACAAGUUAUGGAGUCUUGAUCAGCCCCAGCGUUGUACUUGUUACAAGGAAACAUUCUUGUUUCAGCAAUGCCAACUUUUCUUAGUAUUGUUUUGACUUGAAAACUCCUUUUGAUUGUUCUUAGUUAUAAAUCCAGAUAAAUAUAGUUAAUAAAUAUCCUUUUCAAUCUAUUUUUCAGUCAUGUAUUAUAAUAGAUGAUG